UUGAUUUUUUCAGAUUCGAAAAUGUAAAGUUUGUAAUAGUUUGGUGUUGAAAACAAUGGCUCUUGCUCCUUGUGUGGAAGGCGAUACUCGUUUAUUGGUGCGAUGCUUCCCACCAUCAUUAUCCCCAAGUGACAAAGAAGAUUUCUUGCGUCACUUUGGGGCCACAGAUGUGACAUGCAUGCCUAAACAAUCUAAAUUGAGAUACUGCGCAUUUGCAUCAUUUCCAUCUUCAUUGGAUGCUCAUAAGGCACUCGUUCGUCUACAUCAACUCAAGAUCAUCGAAAACCGACUUGUGGUUGUGUAUGCUCGGCCUGAGCAUGUCGCGGAAGAGGAACGAGUUCGUAAGGAAAACGAUAGUUCUGAAGAUGAUGAAGAUGAGCCGGAAGCUAAGGGCACAGGGCCGCCCAAGAUGACUGUUCCCUGCAAUACGGCACAACCGGAUCGUAUUCAGCCAGUGUGUGGUGCUUUUGUCCCAUCAUCUUUGGGUUCUUCAGCAUCGUCUUGCCUACCCUCGUCGCAUGUGUCUUAUCGUUACCCACCGGUGUCUGCCAGUAUCAUCACCAACGUUGCCCACACUCUCGCAUGCGUGCCUCAGUUCUACACUCAGGUGCUUCAUUUGAUGAACAAGAUGAACUUACCGCCACCAUUUGGCCCAGUAACACCUACACCUCCAGUGCAUGGUGGUGAUAUCCGUGCACCAGCAGCGGACAUUGCUGUCAUGUCAUCCGCAUCAUCUUCUGAGAGCGGCUCGGAGCUAGAGGAUGACCAGAAUGAUGUUGUUCGCCACUUUUUGGGUGGCCAGGCGAAACCCAUUGCUGUGCGAAAGCCCAGACCCGUGAAGAGACGCCGCUUUGUUGCCUCAACAGACACGUCUGCAGGACUGCGAAGGACAUCAGAGCAACCUGUAGAUGCUGAAUCCGUGUUUGACUCCACAUCUCAGGGGAAGAAGCAAGUCGACUUGUCCUCACUUAUCCAAUCAGCUGUAAGAGCUGGACAGGCUGCCCUUGAAUCAAGUUCACGCCCGGAGCAAGAAACAAAUGGAGAUGCUGAAACUGCUGAAACUGCGGCGCCAGAAAAAGAAGAACCUGAUGCGGGAGCGGCGGCAGCAGGCUUUGGUACGUUCGCUCCUGCACCUCAGAUAACAGUGGAGGACCAUGGUGACGACAGUGAUGACCUCAUGACAGCACUGCUGAAUACGGUUAGCCGCCAAGAGCUUCAACAGGGGCGGCUGUCGCAGAGCGAUAUGAAUGACGCCAAUGUGUUCAAAUCGUACUCGCCUGGGGAGCCAUCAUGUCGCCUAUAUGUUAAAAAUCUUGGCAAGCAAGUGACAGAGGAGGAUCUCCGGUUUAUCUUCGGUCGCUUUGUAGACAGGGAAUCAUCCGAGCAUAUGGAAAGAUUCAACAUCCGUUUGAUGCAGGAAGGCAGAAUGAAAGGCCAAGCCUUCAUUACACUUGCCGAUGAGGAAAUAGCAGAAAAGGCCCGGAAAGAAACAAAUGGAUUUGUUCUGCAGUCGAAGCCUCUAGUUGUUCAAUUUGCUCGGUCAGCGCGUGCGAAGAGCUAGCAAAAGGCAACUGUCCAGCGGUCGAUCACAGUGCGCAGUACUGUAUGUGAUCCGUCAGUUCUAUACAGACAACCACAGUGAUGCUACUUGUGGCUCUAAAGGGCCAAGUCAGCAAGUCAGCGUGCACGUUAUCUUCCAAUGCGCGUGUACAACUGUGACCAGUGCGAGCACACACCAUGGUACAGCUCAGCAUCAUCAUGGUACAGCUCAGCAUCAUCAUGAAGUGCAGGUGACGAAUGAAGAUUGUACUAUGCCAUGAUCAGCAUGGACUGAAUGUGCGUCACAGCUUCUCCGGUGCACCUCAAUCUAUACUUAAGCACCACGCCGGAGUGGAACUUCCUCUUCUGGACAGAGAAUGAGAUGGAAACAAAGCAAUUCUACUGGACCAGUUCGCUUCAGUUGACUGGGUCAGCCUUAGCACAGGGGAAUGCUGCCUGUGCCCUAGCGGUGCACCACAACUUCAAGAAUACAAUCACAUGUACAAGUACAUGUAUCCGUACAUGUACAUACAUGUACUUCAUAAGUAUGUGGAAGACCUUGCGAACGGUGGAAGAUACCACCUUGGCGCAGACCUUGUCUCGACUAUUGAGUGGACUGUACUUCUACACUACUA